AUGGCAGAAGUUACCAUGCAACCCGAUGCCGUUGACAGCCCUCAAGAAAAUGAAGAGAUGGACUCACUGAUCGUACUGCAUUAUAAUUACACAGGAAAGCUCAUUUUAAAGGAAAAGGCAACUGAUAAAGUAGACCCACCCACUAUCACAUUUCUGAUCCUAUGUAGUUUCAUAGUUCUGGAAAACUUGAUGGUGUUGAUUGCUAUAUGGAAAAACAAUAGAUUUCACAACCGCAUGUACUUCUUUAUUGCCAAUCUAGCCCUCUGUGAUCUUUUAGCUGGAAUUGUUUACAAAGUAAACAUUCUUAUGUCUGGCAAGAAAACCCUGAGAUUGUCCCCCACAGUCUGGUUCAUUAGAGAAGGUAGUAUGUUUGUUGCCCUGGGAGCCUCCACUUUGAGCUUAUUGGCUAUAGCUAUUGAGCGUCAUUUGACCAUGAUUAAAAUGAGGCCUUAUGAUGCAAACAAAAAAUAUCGAGUAUUCCUUCUCAUUGGUACAUGCUGGCUUAUUUCAAUUGCAUUGGGUGCCUUACCCAUUCUUGGCUGGAACUGCAUCAAUAACUUACCAGAUUGCUCAACAAUUUUGCCUCUGUACUCUAAGAAGUAUGUUGUGUUCUGUAUUAGCAUAUUCAUAGCUAUUUUGGUUGCCAUUGUCAUUCUUUAUGCCCGCAUCUACAUCCUGGUAAAGUCCAGCAGCCGUAAUGUCACUACCCACCAUACCUCAGAGCGUUCCAUGACACUCCUUAGGACCGUUGUGAUCGUUGUUAGUGUCUUCAUUGCCUGUUGGUCACCACUCUUCAUCCUGUUCCUCGUUGAUGUGGCCUGUAGAGUCAAGGAGUGCGCUAUUUUGUUCAAAGCCCACUGGUUUAUUGCUCUUGCUGUUAUCAAUUCUGCAAUGAACCCUAUCAUCUACACUCUGGCCAGUAGGGAGAUGCGUCGGGCUUUCUUUCGCCUUGUUUGUGGCUGCCUCAUUAAAUCCCAGGUGACCAGAGCUGUGCCCAUUCAGGCCAUACCAGAGUACAGUCGCAGUAAAUCCAGCAGCAGCAACACCCAGAAGCCAAAGGAAGAUUUCCCACCAAUGGAAGUUCCCGUAUGUAUCUCUGAGCCAAAUGAAUCUUCCUCACACAGUGGAAGCUUCUAUAAGUAG